AUGGUGUCGCGUGUGAUAUUCCUAUUAUUCCUCCUGAAGAGUUGUUCUGCUGUGAUAUAUAGCGUAAAUGAGAGCGAGUAUGACAAAUUCCCACCACUGUACGGUCUGGACGACUACGAAGCAUGUAUGCUGGACCCGGAUGCUGUGUACUGCGUGGGAGACUACGAUCUCUAUUCUGAUGGGAAAUCCGAACUGAUGAGAAUUCUACAGGAAUACUCAGAGCAUACACUCAAACAUUUCAAUCAUACACAACUACACCGUGGUGUAUGUGUUACGAGAACAUGCAAGAAUUUUUUGAAGAACAGAUCACUGGGUAACGAAGCGGACCUAGAAUCGAUCCUUUCGGCAUGCCUCAACGAAAGUGUUUGGAACGAUUACGAACUUCAGGCAAAACUUAACAAUAUACAAUACUGCAAAAGAGCUGGAGACAAAAUUAAAUUAGACAUUACAGAUGCUAUAAUAGCAGCAAUAUAUUUGAUUAUAAUAGCGCUGAACAUCAUUGGUAGCUUGUAUGAUUCUAAGGUUAAAAACAAAGAAGGCAAAGGUAAUCCAUUUUUAUUAGCAUUUUCUGUGCGUAAGAAUUGGAAGAAAUUGAUAGCUUCAAGCGAUAGAGGAAUGGACCCCAGACUCGACAGGCUCAAACUCUUCAAUGCACUGAGAGCGCUGACUAUGGUGCUGGUUUUUUUUUCACACGCGAGUCUUGCAAUGUCCUAUUCGUACAUAUCAAAUCCGCUUUUUGUUGAAAAGGCAUAUGAGGAUCCAAUGAAGCACUUGUUGUUCAACGGUACUCUAGUGACCCAAUCCUUUUUCGUGAUGUCCGCGUUUCUGCUGGCAUAUAACCUUCAAAUUUACAGCGAGAAACAUCCAAUCACAUGGGUCCAGUUUCCAAAAGGAAUAUUGUUAAGAUAUCUCAGAUUGACUCCUAUUUACGCCUUGUUGUUGGGAACAGUAGCAACACUGAUGCGGUACUUAGGCGAUGGUCCAAUGUGGCAACAUAUGGUCACCAGCGAGUCGAUCGUCUGCAGACAGUACUUUUGGGCGCACAUCCUGUACUUCAACAACUAUAUAUACGAUGACGCGGUGUGUUCACCACAGACUUGGUACUUGGCGUCGGACACGCAGAUGUUCUGCGUAGGUCUGCUGGUCUGUGUGAUGGCUCGGACUCCACGGUCAAGGAAGAUAGUGCUGUCACUGCUGUUAAUAAUCUCACUCCUCAUCGUUGCUGGGCAUACGUAUUAUCAACAUUUGGACGCUGUCGUACUGCAAACACCCGAAACAUACCGUACCAUGUACGCCCAUGACGACACGUUCCGGCUGGUGUACAGUCGCGGCCACACCAACAUGUCCACGUACACCCUCGGCCUCGCCGGCGGCUUCUUCACAUAUUACUUGCAAACGGAGAAGAAAAGCGUGAAGGAUUAUAGUAAAUUCCGAGUGCUCAUAUGGCUUACAGUGCCUCUGUGUGUUGCGGUGAUAAUGACAGGAAGCUUCUUUUACGAGGAUGGUCACCCACAGCCUACCGUCGUCACUGUCCUGUACGCCACAUUCUACAAGCUCGUCUUUCAAAUACUUAUGACAUCUUUCAUUAUUGGCUGCAUUCUUAAAGUUGAAACGGUAUAUCGCGGUAUAGUGGAAUGGCGUGGCUUCACCUGGUGCGGCCGAGUGUCCUAUAUUUCCUUCUUCAUUCACACAAUGUUCCAGCGAGCAUACCUCGGUCUCCAAACCACGCCUUAUUACAUGUCUGCAUUCAAUAUCGCUAAUCUAUUGCUAGCAACAGUAGUCGUAUCAUUUAUCGUCGCCGCAAUACUGUGGAUCCUAAUAGAAGCACCAAUAGCUGCUAUCACCAAAGCAAUACUACAACCGCAAUCGUCACGGCCUAAAUCAACACCGGCCCAAACAUCACCAUCUCUCUCAUCACCACCUACAUCAUCACCGCCUACAUCAUCACCGGGCCUACCAUCAGCGCCUCAAGAACAGAACGGUCAAGUUUAA